AUGGAAGUUUUGGCUUAUACUUCAGGAGGUGAUGGUGUUAGAACGACUCCGAUUCAUUGUCAAACCGAACAAGAUGCCCCUGAAGCACCAACUGCAGUGAAGGCUUUAGUGAUGUCAGCCGAUUCUAUCCUGGUGAGCUGGAAACCUCCAACCGAACCCAACGGUAUUAUCGAGUACUACAUGGUUUACUACAAAGAAACUGGAAAUAACGACGACAAACCCAAAUCCCAAAAAAUCGUACCAAACUUAAGAAACCAGAAUUUAAGUUUCCAGGCAAAGAAUCUAGACAGCAAUUUGAAAUAUGAGUUUUGGGUCACCGCAGCUACCACCAUCGGCGAAGGACAACCAUCGAAGAAAGUUACUGUUUCUCCUAGUACAAGCGUGCCAGCCAAGAUUGCUUCCUUCGAUGAUACAUUCACAACUACCUACAAAGAAGACGUAACCUUACCUUGUCUAGCAGUUGGAGUCCCAACUCCAGUCAUAACAUGGACCAUUAAAGGUGUCAAAUUCUCCGCUAAUACAAACGAUAGAGUACGACAACACCCUGAUGGGUCUCUCUUCAUUCGUGAUAUCACCCGUUCUGACGCUGGGGAAUAUUCCUGCAAAGUAGAAAACGAUUACGGACAAGACUUCGUUACUCACCAUCUCAUUGUAAACGCUCCACCAAAUGCGCCAAUUGUUCAACUAACUUCUACAACGACGAAUUCGUUGACUGUCAAACUGAAGCCUCAUGACACCGAUGGAGAGCCAAUUCAUGGUACACCAUUCAUUACAAACCCGAAUUUGGUGAUUGGGAAACUAUUCAAGUGGGACCAAACGUUGACAAACACACUAUCGAGAAGUUGCUGUGUGGUACAAGGUAUCAGCUCUAUGUUACAGCCUAUAACAGUAUUGGAACCGGAGAUCCAUCGGACAACCUCAAUCCCAAAACGAAAGGCGAAAAACCGAUCAUCCCAAGUGCUGAUAAAUUCAUUGAAGUCUCAUCGAACAGCAUCACGUUGCAUCUCAACGCUUGGUCAGAUGGAGGAUGCCCCAUGUUGUACUUUGUCAUUGAACAAAAGAAAAAGAUCAGCACAGAAUGGAUUCAAGUCUCCAACCACGUCAAACCAGGAGGUAACUUCGUCCUGCUAGAUCUAGAUCCAGCUCAAUGGUACCAUUUGCGAGUAACGGCACACAACAACGCAGGAUUCAACGUUGCCGAAUACGAAUUCGCUACACUUACCGUUACCGGAGGUACUAUUGCGCCGGCGCGUGAAAUACCCAAAGAGGACACCAUACAAAUAAUCCUUGCCAACCUUAACCUUGUAGUACCCGUAGUGGCUGCCGUACUGGUCAUAAUUGUUGCCAUAAUUGUGAUCUGUGUCUUGCGCGGCAAAGGAAACUAUAAUAAAG